AUGGCAGGAAGAGGUAAAACACUAGGAUCCAGUGGCGCUGCCAAGAAGGCAACCUCAAGGAGCAGCAAGGCUGGCCUUCAAUUCCCCGUCGGCCGUAUCGCUCGUUUCCUCAAGGCCGGCAAAUACGCCGAGCGCGUCGGUGCUGGUGCUCCUGUCUACCUUGCCGCCGUUCUUGAAUAUCUCGCUGCAGAGGUUUUGGAAUUGGCUGGAAAUGCUGCAAGGGACAACAAGAAGACCAGAAUUGUGCCAAGACAUAUUCAAUUGGCUGUUAGGAACGACGAGGAAUUGAGCAAGCUUCUCGGUGAUGUUACCAUUGCUAAUGGUGGUGUUAUGCCCAAUAUUCACAACCUUUUGCUCCCAAAGAAAGCUGGCACUUCCAAGGGUGCUGCUGCUGAUGAAGAGUGA